CAGUUCUUCACUCUACAAUCAUUUCGAUGCCCACGUGUGCAGGCUGUGUAUAAAGCCAAUGGGAGAGAAUCCACUCUGUGUUUGAGUGGAUGUAGCCGGCUGGGCUCCUUUUUCAAAGAGGCAGGCAAACCGCAGCGAUCUUUUCCCUUAAACGCCUGCCUAUCUGCAACAGGGAGCAGCGUGAGAUUUAUAAAUAAUCACAACGACGGCAGAAUGCGUCGCCGUGAAGAUUUUCUCGUCCGUUUCGUCACUGCCUAAGAUAAACUUUUUGUCUUAAAUUUCCGUGAAGAAUCAUGUUCGACUGGAACUCGACUGAAGUGAUGAACGGUUCGAUGGGAAACUCCAGCAUGGAGGACGCAGAGGAAGAGGAGCAUCCUUUCCUGACGGACGCUUGGCUCGUGCCCCUCUUCUUUUCACUCAUCAUGCUGGUGGGGCUGAUUGGAAACUCGCUGGUCAUUUAUGUCAUCUCCAAGCAUAGACAAAUGAGGACCGCCACUAACUUUUACAUUGCUAAUCUGGCUGCGACUGACAUCAUUUUCCUGCUAUGCUGCGUGCCGUUCACUGCCACGCUCUACCCUCUGCCCGGUUGGAUAUUUGGGGACUUCAUGUGCAAAUUUGUUGCUUUUCUCCAACAGGUGACUGUACAGGCCACAUGCAUCACUUUGACUGCAAUGAGUGGAGACCGUUGCUAUGUGACUGUGUACCCUCUGAAAUCCCUUCACCAUCGGACCCCACGCGUCGCUAUGAUUGUAAGCGUCUGUAUCUGGAUUGGUUCCUUCAUUCUUUCCAUACCGAUCUUCCUCUACCAGAGGCUUGAGGAUGGUUAUUGGUAUGGACCAAGAAAAUACUGCAUGGAGAGAUUUCCAUCAAAGGCCCAUGAGAAAGCUUUCAUCUUGUAUCAGUUCAUAGCUGUGUAUCUACUCCCGGUGCUUACCAUCUCAUUCUGUUAUUCCUUCAUGUUGAAGAGAGUGGGACAGGCCUCUGUUGAACCAGUGGAUAACAACCAUCAGGUCCACCUGCUUUCAGAGCGAACCAUCUCCAUUCGGAGUAAGAUUUCCAAAAUGGUGGUAGUCAUUGUGGUCCUCUUCACCAUCUGCUGGGGUCCCAUUCAGAUCUUUGUCCUUUUCCAGUCUUUCUAUCCAAACUUCAAGGCAAACUACGCAACAUAUAAGAUCAAGACGUGGGCCAACUGCAUGUCCUACGCCAACUCCUCUAUCAACCCUAUCGUCUACGGAUUCAUGGGGGCAAGCUUCCGCAAAUCUUUCCGGAAGACCUUCCCGUUCCUCUUCAGACACAAAGUGAGAGACAGCAGCGUCGCCUCUCGCACGGCCAAUGCCGAAAUUAAGUUCGUGGCGACUGAGGAAAGCAACACAGAAAGGAAAUGAAUUCGAAAAAGUUUUCUACGCAACUUAGGCGUGAACUCGUCCGCCUUGUUGUUGCUGUCACAGGCUUCACCUGCGCUGAUGAGAUUACAGGAGUAAUAUUCACUGUUCAAUGAGUUGUGAAAAAAAUUCCUAAUGCGAUGCGAGAGAAAACGUUUAGAGAGAAAGCUUGCUCUGAACUGUGAAGUACAAGCGUACGCGUAAAUUAAAAUUUAGUACGGUUGGAGUGUAAUGAUAUCUUUAAAUAUUAAAGGCCUUUUUAAAACUCUUUUAACCCACAGGUCCAACUUUCACCGAACUACAAGAGCUUGCAUUUCCAAGAAUCACAGAUUUUAUGGACAGCGAGUUGGGUGAUUCAGAUUCAAACUCGGGGACGUGUGUAGGUGCUUGCCUGAGAGGAUGUUGACUAAAUCAGUCAUGGCAACUGUUGACUCAUCCAUUGUGUUUGACAUAUACACGAAACCUCCCUGUGCAUACUUCCUUACGAAACGACCACUCCGGGCUUUCAAUGCUCGUAUUUAUAUUAUCCGAACAUUGUACAUGGAUCAUCCCGAAGAGGUGUACUCAGAAGAUAUACUGUAAAGCCCACAAGACAGAUGAUUUGCUCUUCAAAGCACACAAUGACAUAUUACACCACACCUCUCCUGCCAGCAAGACUGUUGUUAUUCUCAUAGGAUAGUCAAUGAUGAGGAUUAGUAGACAUGUCUAAACGGUGCCGAGGGUGAAGGAGGGCAUUUCAUUGAUGUUAUUGUCACAUUUGUAGAUUUGUGGUGUCUAUAUCGAGCAUUAUAAUGCAUUCAGUGUGCUGAAUCUUAAAUGAACCGCAUCCUCCUAGGAUUUCUAAAUGUGUCCAUCAUUUUGAUGUAAAAUAAUUGGUGUGUCUUUUAUGCACAAACCGGCAAUAUAAUACUUUUAAAGAGUAAAGAUACUUACUCUGUAAAGCGAGAGGUAAUUCAAAGGGGACUGUUUGAAUUUCCUUUGCUGGCUUGCGCUACCGCAAACCUUGCUUAAUUCUUUUUGUCUUAAGCGAAAUGGAUGUCGGCUCAUUAGCAUUUGUGAAAUAUUUUGACAUGCGGAGCUAAGUAGCUAAAAGCUUUCCUAGAAGUACUGCCAGUUAAACUUUGACAUUAAUAAAUUAUUUAGCAUCCCUCAAGCAUGUUUUGUAAAUGCUUUAAUGAAUACGUUUCGGGAAUUAUUUUUUUCUCUCAUUUAUAUUUUAUGCUUUUAUGAGUCUGUUGUUUCAUCUCUUUGGUUAGACGUUUGCUUAUAUUACUAGUGUUGUUGUAAUAUUAAUAUAUUAAAAAGAGACUACAAGGA